GCCCACAUGGACUCGUGUGCCAUUUCGAGUCUGAGUUUUGGAUUCUUUCAAUUCGUGGAGUCAUCUUUAUCUUCAUCUUCAUCGCUUGAUGUAGGUUGUCCAAAUUUUCGGUUCGAGCGCUAAAUUAGCAAGCUCGAGAACUGUGAAUCGAUCGAAGUUUGGAUUUCGUUUGGAUUAAAUCAUGGAGCGUCUCUGAAGGUAGAGAGGAUUCUGUUUCUUUUCAUGAACUGAACACGAACAGUUUAUCUAAAAAUGCAUCCGAUUCGGCUCGGAUUCAAGCGAAGUUGCGAGUGCAUUUGUGUCGUGUACCGAUACAUCUCGGUCCGAUUUGACUUCAGUUCCACGCUCAAGAAUUUCUUCCUCGAUUUUCAUAUUUAUCACUGAAUCUACCAAAUAAAAUAGUACUUUCUAUAUCUGCAAAGGAGAACAAGUUUGAUGUCAAAUUUUCUCUUGUGAAGUUUGUUUGCUGAAAUUACACAGACUUGAGCAAGAAAUGGCUUUGGAGGAGAGAAAUCUUGUUGAAAUCUUGGAAGAGAACGUCCCAAUCGACAUAGUAAAGUACAUCAAGUUUGUUAGUGUUCCCCAGGCCGGCGCUAUCUCUACAUUUUCAGGCACUACUCGGGACAAUUUUGAAGGCAAGACGGUGGUGGAACUGCGUUACGAGGCUUAUGUACCAAUGGCAAUACGGAGCCUCAAAUCCAUUUGUUCAUCUGCAAGAUCGUCUUGGAACCUUCAUUCAAUUGCAGUUGCGCACCGAUUAGGUCCUGUUCCUGUUGGGGAGAUCAGUGUGUUCAUUGCAGUUUCAGCUGUUCAUCGAGCUGAUGCAAUGGAUUCUUGCCGGUUCGUGAUCGAUGAGCUCAAGGCGUCUGUGCCAAUAUGGAAAAAGGAGGUUUAUGAUAAUGGGGAAGUUUGGAAGGAGAAUUCUGAGUUUAUGGACAGAAGAUUGGAGAUUGGGAAGAAGGAAGGAGAUGUGAGUGAAGAAAAUGAAGCUGAAAUUCUUCCAAGGCAUGGUAGGAAAAGCUGCUGUGGCUCAAAGGUUAAGGUGACUGAAGAAUCUUCUUCUAGCUGCAUUAGUUCAGAGCAUGAAAAGAAUCAUCAACACAAUGUUGAGAAGGAAAACGAAGAAGAUGAAGAAGCUCAAAGGCAUGUAAGGAAAAGCUGCUGUGGCUCGAAAGUUAAGGUGAAUGAAUGAGGAAUCACCAUUGAUGAUAGUGAUGGAUAGAUAAUUUCUUCUUCUCUCUCUCAAUGGGAAUUUUUCUUCUCUGAUUCAAACAUUACUGUUAUACAUACAUUUCAAGGGCCAUGAAGGGGAAGAAGAGAAUCCAACACAAUGUUGCUUAGAGAAAAAGAUUCAAAUAACUUCCUUCAAUUUUUUU